GUACCAAGUGAAAAGAGCUAAGGCAACGAGUGCACUAGCAACCAGUACUUGCAGCUGUGCACGCCAUUGAAAGAAGUGGAAAUAGAAACUCAUUGUAAGUUAUGCGAAACUAUACUGCUUCACAUUUCGAUUCGGAAGUCGCGGAGGCGUAUAGGUUCUUUCGCACGCUUGCCACAGCUAAGCAUAACGUUCGGCGUCUCCCCACGUGACCGAAGAUUUAAAGGGACGUGUCGCAGCGCACGUGCACCUGCAUGGAGCACGUAUUGUUUGCCGAAACGAGUACGUAGUAGAGAGAGAAGAGUGGCGGUUACCGAGCCCACACCGUUAGGACCGCCACUCGAGAAACCGGGUAGGGGUCAUUGACGCGUGCAGUUUGGAGGUAGGACCGCAAUGCACGGCCAGGAAGACUCUUCCGCGAGCACUUCCCCUCACCGGGACACCCUUUGCCUCCUCCUCUCCGGUCACGUGACCGCAGCACACACCCCCAAUUCGCGUCCACGACCGGGGCAUCGCGGGCACACGCCGGGCCGACAAACCAUGACGAACAUCCCAAAAGCGGCGGCGGGCGCCCGGGCGCCCGCCUCGGAAGCGGCGCCCCGGAGACGUCAGCGGGUCGCCGUCAUCGGUGCGGGCGCCAGCGGUCUGACCGCGGUCAAGGCAUGUCUCGAAGAAGGCCUGGACGUCGUCUGCUACGAGCGCACGGACGUGCUGGCGGGCCUUUGGCACUACACGGAGACCGUGGAGCGAGGACGCGCCUGCGUCAUGCGCUCGACGGUGAUCAACUCGAGCAAGGAGAUGUCUGCCUUCAGCGACUUCCCGCCGCACGACAAGCUGCCCAACUACAUGCACAACUCGCACAUGGCGCGCUACAUCGUCGACUACGGCCGCGCCAGCGGCGCCGUAGACAAGGUGCGCCUCCGGCACGAAGUGGCCGACGUGAGGCCCACCAGACCGGGCUGCGAGGACACGACCUGGACGCUCCGCAUCCGAAAGCUGGACUGUGGCGAAGGCGAAGACCAGGAGUUCGAAGAAGAGAGGGACGCCGUGAUGUUGUGCACGGGACACCACGCGCAGCCGCUGUGGCCCCGCUUCAAGGGUCUGGGCGACGAGCGAGGCGAGGGCCGGGUGUUCGCGGGACGUGUGAUGCACUCGCAGGACUAUCGGACUCCGCGAGGAUUCGAAGACCGCCGGGUACUCAUCGUCGGCGUGGGCAACUCGGCCGGAGACCUGGCUGUCGAACUGGGAGGCGUCGCUGAACAGGUGUGGCUGAGCACCCGUCGCGGCUCGUGGGUGAUCGGCCGCGUGGGUCCGAGGGGCCGGCCGUUCGACGCGUACUACCAGACGCGGCUGCUCAACACCUUCAUGCACCUGCUGCCGUACGAGCUGAUCUGCCUGAUCUGCGAGAGCGCCAUCAACCAGCGCUUCGACCACGCCGCCUACCGGCUGAAACCCAAGCACCGCAUCUUCGGCCAGCACCCGAUGGUGAACGACGCACUGCCCAACCGCAUACUGUCUGGCACCGUGUGCAUAAAAGGACAAGUGAAGGAGUUCACAGAAGACGGCGUGCUCUUCGAGGACGACCCGCCGGGUAGCGAGCCCCUUCGCGUCGACGACGUCAUCCUGGCGACCGGCUACCGCGUCUCGUUCCCGUACAUGGCGCCCGGCGUGCUCGACGUGUCCGACGACAACCAGGUGGCCGUCUACCGGCUGGUGUUCCCACCUGAGCGACCGGGGCUCGCCCUCAUCGGACUGGCGCAGCCCAUCGGCGCCCUGCUGCCCAUCUCCGAGCUGCAGAGCCGAUGGGCGGCCAGGGUGUUUGCAGGCAAAGUGACCCUGCCCAGUGCGAAGGACAUGUGGCGACAGGUGAAUGAGUACCAGGAGCGUUGCAGGCAACGAUACUACCAGGAACCCCGACACACGCUGCAGGUCGACUGGAUCGACUACCUGGAUGAGCUGGCCAACGAGAUCGGCGUCAAGCCCAACCUGGCACGCCUCGCCCUCAAAGACCCGCAGCUCGCAUACCGGCUGCUGGUCGGUCCCAGCCUGUCGUACCAGUACCGUCUACAAGGACCGCACACUUGGCCCGGGGCGCGGGACGCCAUCUUGGGCUACGAACAGCGCGUGCGCAGCGCGCUCUGCACGGGUCCUGAUUUUACCGCCUCGAGCGACGGCAAGGGGACGCUGCUUACCAAGCCCAGCGUCGAGUUCUUGCUGCUCAUCACCAUAGCUGUGCUGUUCUUCUCUUGGCUGCUGUCUAGCGGCUUCUUCUUCCCCGAGUCCUGGUCGCCAACUCUGCGUGUUUGACGAAUGACGUCAAACCUACUGAAUACAUUCACAUCAGAAUGGGUGUAUACAUACUACUCUCUGUGAAGAUAUUUUAAUUUAAUAAUUCUCACUAUGGUGCUGGAAACACCUUAUUAAAAAGUCAUGCGCAAUCAAACGAA